AUGGCCGAAAAGGACAGCGUCGACAGCAGGAUUGACCGUUGCUCAAACAGCCUGAUACACCUCCCGCCGCGAUCGCAUGCUGUGGCUAAUAUCAGCUCCUUCAAGCCACAGCUAUCUCCACCAUUCAGGGCUCCAUCUUGCAGUAUCUCUCAGCAUUCACCGGACGCGGACAAUCACCACGCUCCCAUUAUUGUCUUCUCCCUUGCUACUUGGGUGCCACUCAGUCAUCCGGACGUACAUGCUACCGUGCCAUACGCCAAACCAGCCACUGAGCUCCAUCAACGCCUCACCUCUUACAAACCUGCUCCCUUGUCUCACCCCCCAGCCCAUCCUUCAUCAGCCACCGCAACUCUUACCAUUUAUCCUGUGCCUGUGGCACUCGCGUUCACACUCAAGUUUGCAGUGCGAUCGCCAGGAACAUCCACGGCAUCCGAUACCGCUACUUGUUCGGCGGCAAACCGAGAAGGCUUGCAGAAACGGUAUCCGCCUCUCAUUUUUCUUUUUCCAUCAUCUAAACACCCAGCCGACCCCUUGGCCCACGUUUCCAAAGGCCUCCUGCCCCAGAUUCCCUCGAAAUCACCCACAGAAGCACCAUUACGCAAAGACCACCCAUCCUUUUCUCUCAUAGUGUCGGAUAACAUCCCCGCAAAAGUGUGGUCGAAUACGGUUCGGGAGCAAUAUCAAGCCACACGCGUGACGCCUCACCUUGCAGCUGCAUGUGAGCGGGUUGAGAACGUCGAACGAUACCUCGACUACGCAGACAUCCGCUUACUGUUGCGGCCGACAGGCCUCCCAUGUCAGACAGGUAAAAUAUUCUCUCACACCCGUUUUGCAAUCUGUCUUCCAUUUUCACGAAAGCGCUCAACAGAUCUCGUCAUCGACGCGAAACUGUUCCUGAAAACGACGCCCUGUCUAUUCUGGAUAAUCGGCCCCAGAACACUGCAGAAAGAUAUUGCGAAGUCUCCAAACUCUGGGGUCCUAUUUGUUAUUUUGAUGGGUCCACGUGUCUUUGGAUCGGGUGUAGCAAUAUUUCUCGAACAACAAUAUCAGCGACCUCAACAAAGACUAUCAACAACGUUGCAGAUGUCGGAGGAGAUUUCUGGAACAGGGCUGGAGACCGAGCAACGAAUUCUUGAUAUCAGCAGCAGUGCCUUGGUUUUGCGCGACCCAGCUCUCCUGUUCCUUGACAGAGCUCUACUUUACUUCCUCACUGUUCCUGCUCGAUUCGGCUAUCUGUCCGUUCUUCGCCUCGCCCCAGGUCUAUGGUUCUCCCGCCGUGGCACUAGAUGGCCAAUGGCGCCUCCCUGUUCUCCACUUCAGUCCGACACGAAAGGCAAAGCAAUAUUUCCCCCUGCUCGUGGGUUGAGAGCAGUGUGGCCAAACAAUUUGAAGACUAAGGCAUUCAACUCUUCCAGAUUGGAGGGCAAUUUCCCAUCAUUUAAGGCCUCUGGUGUAAUCUUUACGGUCAAUGAAGUCAGAGUAUCAUCAGUGGCUGUGGCUGUUGCAUUGAUCGCGGCGUUUCACUUAUAUCGAGGCUUGGCAGGCACACCCGCCUCUCCGUCAUUUCCGCCACUAGACACUGCGGCUGCGAUGUUGGAACCGUGGGUGAGAUUAACGAGAAUAUCGUGGCGAUGCGCUUCCUUUCAGCCUGAUGGAUUUCUAUGCGGCUCAUCUAUUGGCUCGCCGCUGUUAAGGAUCUCGAAUGCAUGCUUCGGAUCAUGUACAACCCUUCUCUACGAUGGAGAAAUUGGGGGUAUUCCACAAUCCCAGCUACAUAUCACCCGCGGCCCUCCCAAAGCAAGUAUACCUAAUGAUUCGUCAUUACUAGAAGGAGCAUUAUUUCAACUUUCAAAGACUGCGCUCCAAACUUUUGGGCAUAAAUCAAUCAUAGUACUUCCUCUUCCUGUUUCACCCAAGAAUCAAUCACUAAAUCUCGAUUGCAUGCGACAUAUUCGCGCACAUGGAUUCUCCAGUCUCAACAUUCUAAAUAUCGCUCGUCCCCAAGCCUGUCUGUUGAUGUUGGGGUUCUUUCGCAAUUUCCAUCCCAAUCCACCGGCCCUCCUGCCAGAACUCACCUUUCAUUCAUCAUCGCAGCUCACUCCUAAUCCUAAUCCCCGCAGAUUAGGAGCAUUGCUACAUAGACUUCUAUCUCCCUUUCCAUUUGCAAAACUGAAAGCGUGCCAUGCAUGCAUGAGUAAAUAUGGCACGAUACGUACAUCGACACCCAAUAUGCAUACAACAGUUGAGAAUCCCACAACCCUUCAAGCAUCCGCCACGAACCGAGCCUAA